GCACUGAUCGCAGCGGUGACAUCCUCCGCGCUGAUCCCAUAUCGCGAGGAGUUGAACGGCGCCCGCGACACGGACAAGCUUCAGAAGCACGUGAAUAUCAUCAAUGCCGUGUAUAAGGUGAAAGAGAAACCGCUGGAGUUGGCGUUCAGGGCGGUGGCGGCCCAUAACGAGACGCAGUGGGCAUUGGGGCCUGAAGCUACCAGCUGGAGUUCGAAAAUGUCACGACGGGCCAGAGCGAUGAGACGAGAUGUAGAUCAAGCUUUGCUGAAAGCUAAGGACGGCCCGAAACCAAGCUGGCUGGUGAACUUCACUGAGGUAUCGCUCCUGGACUCCGAUGGGCCCGAGCAGACGGCAGCAGCGCCCGACGCUGCAUCAGGCGCAGGUCCAGCGGUGAACGCCAGCGACUACAGGUGCAAGCUGAACAGGGAUGAGCAGGUCGUCUACCGCGUCGCCAUCGGCUCGACGAAGCCUUGCGCUAGGGAGGCCAGCAAGCCGCUCAAGAUGGACGAGAGCAAGGACGCAGAUGACAGUGUCAUCGCGUGCUGGAAUGACGGCAUGCAGUGGGAGGUGCCGAAUCUGACGUACGGCAUGCUCGCCACUUGGGCCGCGAACGAGGCUAGCCAUAGGCCCGUGCACUACACGGUCGAGACCAAAGAGGGCAGUUCGUGGAAGUUGUUCGAGUACCAGGACGGGCGAGACGGCUCGAGCCUCAAGCUCAAAGGCAAGAACGCGCCACCGUUCCAGCUGAUCAUCACCAGGCACAGCAGCGACGAGAAGGCUGCGGCGAUAAAGGGCAUGACGGCGAUUAUCAAGCAGAUGGCAAAGGGCAAUAUGACAAAAGAGCAGGCCGAGAGGGCCAAGGCGCC